CCGCAGCUAUAUUAGUAGAAAAGCGCUGCAGAAGUUGAAGUUGGGACUUAAGGUCCAAAAGCUAGCAGACCCUAUAGUUAGUAUCCUCGCAGACAACUGUACAAUGAUUGUAGAGGAUGAUGUAGAGGGAGUCCAGGCGUAUUUCCGCCUAGAGAAAGAUGGGAAAGUGGAGAAGGUCCUCCACUCCCUUACUCUCCUCGUAGAAGACAACCUCCCAUUUGAUAUUGUCCUGGGAAUGGAUUGGGAAGGGGCAGCCGGGGCCACACUCCAUUUGAAAGAGCACGAGUGUAAGCUCCCUAGUCCUUCAGGCGAGGCUAAGACUGCCCGCAUGUUCCAUGUGUCAGGAGUAGAGAAUCCCCUGGCACAUUGCUGCCUUAGUGCACCUCCAUUCGCGAGAUUCGUGAAGAAGGAGCACCUGGAAGAACAGGUCUUUGUAGCCUAUGUUAGGCCAGUGACUGAGCCUAAGGAAGAGAAGCCUAUAGACCCUGCUAUUGCCAAGCUGCUAGAGGAGUUUAAAGAUCUAGCGGAGCCGCCGACAGGAGUAGUACCGCGGCCCAUCCAGCAUCGCAUUGAGAUAGAGUCUAGCAGUAGAACUCCUAAGGGUGCGGUGUACAGGAUGUCCCCGCGGGAGUUAGAGGAGCUUCGUAAGCAACUAGACGAGCUCCUUGAGAAGGGUUGGAUUAGGCCCAGUUCAUCUCCAUUUGGAGCGCCUGUUCUCUUUGUCCCUGAGAAAGAGGGAGAGCAGAGGAUGUGUAUAGACUAUAGGGGCCUGAAUGUUGUUAGAGUGAAGAAUGAUGAGCCACUGCCUAGGAUAGACGAUUUCUUGGAUCGAGUGCAGGGGGCGAAGUACUUCUCAAAGAUAGAUUUAAAGUCCGGAUAUCAUCAGAUAGAGGUGCAUCUUGAUGAUCAGUAUAAGACAGUCUUUCGGACUAGAUAUGGGCACUAUGAGUUCAUAGUGAUGCCCUUUGGACUAACCAAUGAGCCAGCGACGUUCCAGCGUUGUAUGAAUGAUUUGUUUAGGCCAUGGUUAGAUCGAUUUGUUGUUGUCUACUUAGAUGACAUCUUAGUGUUUAGCAAGACCCUCCAAGAACAUCAGGGUCAUCUCAGGCAGGUCUUGGAGAAGCUGAGAGAAGCAAACUUCAAGAUCAAUGCAAAGAAGUGCGAUUGGGCGAAAACCCAAGUCUUAUAUCUAGGCCACGUCUUAAACGGAGACGGCGUUAAGCCAAAAGACGGCAAAAUUGCAGCGAUUAGAGAUUGGCCCACGCCGCGUAUGCUAACAGAGUUGCGGUCAUUCUUGGGCUUAGCUAACUACUAUAGGAAGUUCGUGAGGAACUUCUCCACUAUCGCUGCGCCCCUUCGCAGACUGCUCAGGAAGGAGGCCAUCUGGGAGUGGGAUAAGGACUGCACGUCUGCCAUAAAGAAGUUAAAGCACGCAUUAAUAGAGUACCCAGUCCUUAAGGUAGCCGAUCCGUCCUUGCCCUUUGUCGUUACUACGGACGCUAGUCAGUACGGCAUAGGUGCUGUGUUGCAGCGAAACGAUGGCAAUGGUUAUAAGCCCGCAGAGUUCAUGUCCGCUAGGAUGCCUUCAGAGAAGGUUGUAACAUCCACCUAUGAGAGGGAACUCUACGCUCUCAGGCAAGCAUUAGAACACUGGAAGCAUUACUUGCUUGGGAGGCACUUCAAAGUCUAUUCUGACCACGAGGCAUUGCGAUGGUUAAAGACGCAGGCCAAGAUGACACCUAAGCUUACUAGGUGGGCCGCAGAGAUAGACCAGUAUGACUUGGAGCUCAAGGCAGUCAAAGGGAAAUAUAACGUAGUUGCGGACGCUCUGAGUAGAAGAGCUGAUUACUUUGGGGCCAUAGUCCAUUACCUAGAUAUAAGGUCAGACCUACAACAGAAAGUUAAAGAGGCGUACGCGCAGGACCCCAUCUAUAGUGAGUUCCUUAAGAGAGUUAAGGAAGCCCCAGAGUUCGAGCCAUACUAACGCACUACUGAUGGGUUGUUGUUUGAGAAGACUAAUAUAGCAGACCGUUUGUGCGUCCCCAACAG